AUGGGUGUUUUGGUAGCGCGAGACUGUUGGCGAGACGCCUUUGGCCGCGUUCGUUGCGAUAGAUGGCAUGAAUGGGGCCGCUGGGUCGCAUUUGGUGUAAUUGUUGGAGUUGCUCUGAUUGCUUUCUUCGCCUUAUCCUGCUUUAACGCACGACGGCGCCGCAGCCGGGGCCUCCGCCCUUACGCUGGAACAGCCUGGAUGGCUCCUCCCCCUCCGUACCACCCGCAGUCGCACCAAGAUCCGUACAACCAGCCGCCUCCACCUCCGCAAUAUACUCAGUCGCCUGGAUAUGCGCCGUCUCCAGGCCCGCACGGAUACUUUGGCGGUCAGCAGUCGGGCAUCGAGCUGCAACAGCCACCGAACGCGCACCACUAUGGCGGCGAACGGGUGUACCAGCCACCGCCUGGACCACCUCCUCCUGGGGUUCAGCAAAAUGGGAAGCCUUAG